CAUUGUGACACAUGUGACAUCAAUCCUUGGUGUGGGGCAGGCCUGAAGGCCCAGAGUGCCUGCCCUCCUCCCAUGGGAACAGACAUCUGCAGUUGAUCAGAGUAUGGACUUCCAUCCUGUUGGCUGCCUUCUAACGGAUAAAAAAGAUUUGCCGAGGGGCAAUAGUGGCAGAGCCUGGGGAGCUGGUCCCAACGCCUGCACAUACAGGCUCUGACUGCUGUUGUUGAGGGGCCAGGAACUGCUUUCCCACCUUCCCAAUUCCUGUUUGCACAUGUCAGAGAGAGCCAGAUGGCAGAGGAGGUCUCACCAGGAGAUGGCACCUCUUCCCCUGCUGCCAGCACCAACCAGGUGCCCCAGGCUGUGCCUCCACGUGGUUCUGAGUGCCCAAUCUGCCUGGACAUCAUUAAGGACCAAGUCUCUGUGAGCUGGUGCAGACAUACUUUCUGCUUUUCUUGCAUACUAAAAUGGUCUUGCAUCAGACCUGUUUGCCCAAAUUGCCAGGAGCCUUUCCAGUACCUCUUCCGCAAGGUGGCAGACAACAAUUACGAGGUGUACUACAUUAGGUUUGACAGGCCUAAUCGAGCACAGAGAGCUCGUCGCGGCUCUGCAGGAAGGAGGCGGAAUCGCUUCACAGGCCGCCAGCAGCGCAGCUCUUCCAGCAGGGAGCGUGGCACUGGCCGCGCCAGGACCCGAGAGAGGGAACGAAGCAGGUCCCCGAGGCGGCACCACAGGAGCCACAGCAGGGGUCAGCACGCCCGGGACUACGACUCCUCGAGCAGCAGGAGCCAGCAGCAGAGUUGGGCUGAAGACACGUCUACUGACACCUCUAGUGAUGAGGACCACGCUGAAAGGCCUGAACAGGAUGCCCCGGUCCGCUCAGAGAGGAGCGAGCGCCGCCAGCGAGAACGAGGGGGUUCCUCCCGGGAAUCACGGGUGGCAAGGAGCCGAUCCCAGAGGAGGUCCCGCAGUCCUGACAGGCGCAGGGACAGGUAGCACACCCAACCAAGAAGGGUAAUGCUGUAUAUCCUGCUACUAGUGCCAUGAAUUAGAAAGCUUCACACCAAAACUGCUCCUACUUCCAACUCAAAAAUAAAGUCAAAUACAGCUGUCAA